AUGGCCGGAAAAGGAAAAGGUGGAAGAGGUAAAUCCUCAGGAUCAAGACCAGUCUCAAGAUCAUCCAAGGCUGGACUUCAAUUCCCAGUCGGAAGAAUCGCAAGAUUCCUCAAGCAAGGCAGAUACUCAGAGAGAGUUGGUGCUGGUGCCCCAGUCUACCUCGCUGCCGUCCUCGAGUACCUCGCUGCUGAGGUCCUCGAACUCGCUGGAAACGCUGCCAAGGACAACAAAAAGACCAGAAUUGUACCAAGACACAUUCAACUCGCCAUCAGAAACGACGAGGAGCUCAACAAGCUUAUGUCAAACACCACCAUUGCCAGCGGUGGUGUCCUCCCCAACAUUCACGUAUUCCUCCUCCCAAGAAAGGGAAAGGGUGAGAAGGGAGAUGCCCAAGAAUGA